GAAGCGGGGCGGUGGAAGCCGACGAGCAUCAGGAGGAGACGAUGCAGUGGUACUUCGUGGCGGCGCUCCUCACCGUCCUAACCAGCUCGCAGGGCAUAUGGACCACCCUCUCGCAGAGCGAUGGCAAAUAUAAGUAUGACUAUGCAACCAUUCCAUUUCUUGCAGAAUUCUUCAAGUUGUCAGUAUCGAGCUUCUUUCUUUGGAAAGAGUGCCAGUCACCAUCACCACCAAGGAUGACAAAGGAGUGGAAGAGCGUGCGGCUAUAUCUGGUUCCUUCAGUCAUAUACCUCAUCCACAACAAUGUCCAGUUUGCGACCUUGACCUAUGUUGAUCCAUCUACCUAUCAGAUAUUGGGGAACCUGAAAAUUGUCACAACUGGCAUUUUGUUCAGGCUUGUCUUAAAGAAGAAAUUGUCAAAUCUACAAUGGAUGGCAAUUAUUUUACUGGCUGUGGGAACAACUACAAGCCAGGUCAAGGGAUGUGGAGAUGCACCAUGCGAUUCACUUUUCUCAGCACCAUUGCAGGGUUACAUGCUUGGGAUACUUUCUGCUUGUCUUUCUGCACUAGCUGGAGUCUACACUGAGUACUUAAUGAAGAAGAAUAGUGAUAGUCUGUACUGGCAAAAUGUACAAUUAUAUACGUUUGGAGUUAUCUUCAACAUGGGUUGGCUUGUCUAUGGUGACUUCAAGGCUGGAUUUGAGAUGGGUCCAUGGUGGCAGCGUCUUUUUAAUGGCUAUUCUAUCACAACAUGGAUAGUUGUGUUCAACUUAGGGUCUACUGGUCUGCUAGUCUCAUGGCUGAUGAAGUAUUCAGACAACAUAGUUAAGGUGUACUCAACUUCAAUGGCCAUGCUUUUAACAAUGGUUUUGUCUGUAUAUCUUUUCAAUGUGAGGGCUACAGUUCAGCUUUUCUUGGGCAUUCUCAUCUGCAUAAUUUCCCUGCAGAUGUAUUUUAUGCCUGUGCACAUGCUAGUCGAAUUGCCACAAACAUUGCCAGCUACAUCAAAGUAGGCAUGGUUCACUGUUAUCCAACCUGAUGAUCAGAGUGAUAGGGGAUUGUAUCAAAGGAGCAACAUUAGUUGAUUAUCUUGGGCUCUGCUUUAAUCGAGUCAUCCCUUGAAAACUUGAGGCUGCAAUCUUCAACAGCUUCUGUGGCUAUCUUCACGUUGGGGAGAAGCUGAGAAGGUGGGGGAUGAAGGCUGAUCGCUAUGUUCUUUAUGGCUUUAGAAAUGGAAAUGUGUCCACAUAUUCUUCAGUUAGGUCAAAGUGGCUUGCUAACCAUGCACUAAUUUUGCCAUUCACAUGGAAGAAUACAUAGAAGACAAGUGACUGCACUUGAGUUAUUACAUCUUUGGAGAAGAUUUACGUUUCCUUCUGUUGCAGUAAUUGUACUCAUUAGAUGCCUUUAUUUUGCUUAUACUUGAAUGGGGAUUCAAACUGGAGUGCCUUACUGGGUAGAUCUCAUACCGUACAUUCCAUGUUUUGAUAAUUCUUGCUUAGCACAGACAAAUUAUGUGGUUGACAUCUUGUUAGAUGGUAUAUUCUGCAAGUAA